GAUGCUUCAAACGUUACAGAUUCACACUGUUACAACAUAGAAACCCCACAACUCAACUUCAUUUCUUCAUUCUAAGCUUUUGCUCGCACAGAUUUCUCUCUCAAAGAACAACAACUCAUUCAACAAUUCAUUUCAUUCGCACCAAAAUUUUCAUUUUCUCUUUUCCUUUUAUUUCGCUCUUCUGAUUUUGUUUUUGUGUUUUUAACUUUCCAGAAUCUCCAACGAAGAUGGAACCAGCAAACAUUGAUUGGGACAACAUCGAUUCCACCUUCAUUGAAGAUGACACUUACGAGAACUUCGACGCACCUAAAUGGUUCGAUUUAUCUGAUUCCAAUGAGCCUCUUGUUGAUGAUGAAGCUUGGUUUUGCACUCACGAUUGCAAACAUCCCAAAAUUGCUCAAGAUUUUCUUAAAUCCUCGACUACACCAAACUCCAAGAAAAAGCUAUUAAGAUUUGCAAGCUUCUCUGAAAUUCUUCUUUUUAAGGACAAAAGCCGAAGGGAAAACUCUUCAGCUGCCAAGUAUUGUGAUAAAUCUAUGAGACCCAAUUGUUCUGGGAACUUUGAUGAAGACAAUGAGAAUAAAAAUCCAAACUUUUCUGGUACAAAUUUUGACGGUGCUGGGAGUAACAAGCUGAAGAAGCCAUUGCUGAAGAGGACAAACACUAACAAGGAGAAUUUGAAAGAGUUGAAUGGUUUAGAAGAGUGUCCUGUACCUGUAAGAAAUGAUAAAAGAUCAAAACUAAAGAGUACAUUCUCAGCACAAAAUUUGUUGAGUGGCAGAGAAAUUAUGAGUCAAAUAACAGGAUUCUGCUCUGAAUUGAAGAGACUAGCAACAAGAAAGGGUUCUAGUAAGAAAGGAGGGGGAAAUGAGAAGGGUCGAAAUCCAAAUGUUGUGUUUGAAGAAUUGAAGGAAAAGACUGUGAGAUGCAAGGAAAGGGUACCCUUAAUUGUUGUCAAGGAAGGGACGUUAUCUUGAAUAAUGGAACAUUAUCAUUAUUAUCAUCAGAUAGGAUUUUUUGCUAACCGAAAAUAGUGUUAUAGUGAUAUUCAUAUGUAUCUAGAUUGAAUUAAAUUUCUCAGAGUUGCUCUAAUGAAAGAGUUAUUGUCCAGAACAAUUUGGACGAUUUUUUUCUUUCUAGGUUACCAACUUAGAAAUAAAUGAGUGAUACUCAGAAGUUACAAAUAAAUGUUGACUUUUAUUUCUGCAUAAUGUUUGAUUCUCACCCUUUUAUUCACGAGAAGAAUUCAAAAUGUGUAACUAA